ACAUGACAGUGCCCAAAGGUUGUGGCCAGAAGUCAAUAUAAAGCAGAUCAAACUCUGUUGUAUGAAAGGGUCGACUCGACUGACGACCCAAAAACAACAGGUUGAGUCUCCUGCCUCCAUGAUGCGUGCUCUGCAGAAGUUUCUGCUCUUUCAUGCUCUGACAUGUCUCGGACGGAAUGCACUUGGGAGUGAAAUCAUACAUGGACAAAUUGCUCCACGGAACCAGAUGCUGUAUAUGGCCUCAGUGCAGACCAGAGGUGGACAUGUGUGUGGAGGCUCCCUCAUCAGUGAUAACUUUGUCCUCACUGCUGCACACUGUGAUGAUGGUAGAGAUGUACCGGUGAGGGUUGUUUUGGGCACCCACGAUCUCAGAAAGACUGGGACAGUGAGAAACAUUGUGCAGAGAUGCAAACACCCAGAUUUUCGGCGUCAUACAGCAGAAAAUGACAUCAUGCUCCUCAAACUGUCUCAGAGUGUUCCAGACAGUGAAACAAUUCAACGCAUUCGACUUCCAUCUCCUAACAUGAACCUCCGACCCAACCAAAUGUGCCAUGUAGCUGGAUGGGGAGUGGCCGACGCUGGUAGAGCUGUUGAUGACCUGAGAGUGGUGGGUGUGUCUGUCGUCGACCAGAACGUCUGUAAACGGCAAUGGUCUAUCUCUAAAUGGAUUCCUCGUCUUCCUGCCAAUGUCAUCUGUGCAGGUGGAUAUGGAACACUCAAUGGAUUCUGCAACGGUGAUUCUGGUGGUCCUCUGGUGUGCAACGGGGUCGCUGCUGGUGUUGUAUCUUUUGCAGAUGAAUGGUGUUUGGACCAACGCUUUCCCAAUGUCUACACAGAUGUGUCCAAGUUCCUUCCCUGGAUCAACCAGAUUCUCAGUCACAAUGGUUGUUAAAUGCAACAACCUCACACAAAGCUUUGCUUCAGCACACCUUCAUUGUAUUUAGGAGGUGCAGUUAUGUCUAAGUCGCUCUGUCAGUGUUUGCUCCUGAAAGCAAAGUAAAGUAAAAAAAUGUUUCAAA